UGACGUCGAUACCUGAUUGUGGCCCGAAGUUAUAUGAAGUCGAGCGCGUCCGCGUUGGUAGUUUCAGCAGCUUCAAAGUCAAUUGUCACGAACGACCAACAUGCAGCUCAUUACCUCUCUUUUGGCCAUUGGUGGUCUUGCGACCAGCGUUGCGGCCCGCAACCCUGGCAGGUCUGUUGGCAAGAAGUUUGAUCUUCCUAGGCCACAGCUCCCUCGCAAUGUGCAGCAUGUGAAGCGCCAAUACACUGUGAAUGAGACAAUGCCCAUCAUCACAGCUCCCGCUGCUAAGAAGUUCGCCGUUAAUGGUACUGCUGGUGCCAUCCCCGAUGUCGACUUCGACAUUGGCGAGUCGUAUGCUGGAUUGCUGCCAAUCAGCUCCAAGACCAACGAGACUUCUGAGCUAUACUUUUGGUUCUUCCCUUCGAACAAUCCGGAUGCUGGUGAUGAGGUCACAAUCUGGCUGAACGGUGGUCCUGGGUGCUCUUCCCUCGAAGGCUUCCUGCAAGAGAACGGUCCCAUCAGCUGGCAAUAUGGCAGCGGAGCUCGCGCAGUCUACAACCCCUGGAACUGGGCGAACCUUACGCAUAUGAUCUGGGUCGAACAGCCAGUCGGCACUGGUUUCACCCAGGGUACACCCACCGCCACUAGCCAGGAAGAAGUUGCUGCACAAUUCCUUGGCUUUUGGAAGAACUUCAUGGAGACCUUUGAACUUACCGGCAAGAAGGUCUACAUUGCGGGUGAAUCUUACGCUGGACGAUACGUCCCUUUCAUUGCAGAUGCCAUGCUCAACGCCAACAACACCGAUUUCUACGACGUCAAGGGUGCGCUGAUCUACGACCCUAGUGUUGCUGAAGAUGUUCUGCUUGAGGAUAUCCCAGCUGUUCCUUUCGUCGAUCGCUGGUCUGGGCUGUUCAACCUGAACGAGACUUUCACCAAGGAAAUCCAUGACCGCGCCGACAAGUGUGGAUACACAGAGUACAUUGAGAAGUACCUGACGUUUCCUCCAGUCAGCAAGCUCCCUACUCCUUCCCACAAUGCCUCGGAGCCCGAGUGCGCAAUCUGGGGAGACAUCUUCAACGCUGUCAUGCUGACCAACCCCUGCUUCGACGUCUACGCAGUCGCAACUACCUGCCCUCUUCUCUGGGAUGUGCUUGGCUUCCCCGGCUCGUUCGACUACCUCCCUGCGGGUGAGGAAAUCUACUUCAACCGCACUGCUGUCCAGAAGGCCAUCAACGCCCCGAUUCAGGAAUGGGCUGAGUGCUCUAACGGAGUUCUUGACUCCGACACAUCAGCUCAAUCCAGCUGGGAGGUCAUUCCCCGCAUCACUGACAAGCUCGACCGCUUCGUCAUUGUUCAUGGCGAGCUCGACUUCAUCCUUUUGUACAACGGAACUCUCAUGACCAUUCAGAACAUGACUUGGGGCGGCCUGCAGGGUUUCCAGGAAGCUCCCAAGGACGCCUUCUUCGUGCCGUACCACGAUGACCUGAGCUUGACCAGCUUGAGCGCUAAGGGCGUGAUGGGAACUACACACACUGAGCGCAAGCUCACCUGGGUCAGCCAGGCUUUGUCCGGACACAUGGUUCCCCAGUACCAGCCCAGCAGUGCGUACAGGCAGGCUGAGUUCCUACUCGGUCGUAUUCCCAGUCUCACAUCCACUGAGCCAUUUACCACACUCAGGGGCAACUCGACUGCGAAGAGGGACCUUGGUGCUAUGCGCAGCUACUAGGAUAUUAGAUGGAGACGACUUAAUGAUGUAAUAUGUGGUGUCUCUGGCACCUAAAUGAAAGGACAUUCCUUCUAA